CAAUGAUGGCGGACAGCGAUGAUAGCAGCCCACCCUCCUCUCCUGACAUUCGACAAGAUGACCUAGGACCUAGGGUCGUGACAAUCACAAAAACUGAGACAGGGUUUGGAUUUAAUGUCAGAGGUCAAGUUAGCGAAGGAGGAGUGCUGAAAUCAAUCAAUGGCGUCCUGUAUGCACCCCUACAACAUGUCAGUGCUGUGCUGGAAGGAGGAGCAGCCCAGAGAGCAGGCAUACGGAAGGGAGACAGAAUUCUUGAAGUAAAUAAAGUGAAUGUAGAAGGCGGAACCCAUAAACAAGUGGUGGAUUUAAUAAAGUCUGGCGGGGAUACGCUUACACUUACAGUGAUAUCGGUGCCAGAACAGGUAGCGGAACGAUUGGAGCCCAGUGAUGAUUCCUCAGGCCCUUCUUACAUAGACUAUUCAGAGCGACGCUCCCUCCCCAUAUCUAUACCAGACUACCAGACAGUGGAAAGCAAUGGAGAAAAAUUUGUGGUGUUCAACAUUUAUAUGGCUGGUAGACACUUAUGUUCUAGACGGUACAGAGAAUUUGAUACACUACAUACACGAAUAAAACGCGAGUUUACAGAUUUCAACUUUCCUAAAAUGCCAGGCAAAAAAUUAUUCCAGCUUUCAGAACAACAGUUAGAUGCUAGGCGGCGUGGGCUAGAGCAAUAUUUAGAAAAAGUCUGUGCAGUACGUGUGAUAGGGGAAAGUGACAUUAUGCAAGAAUUCCUUGCCUCACCAGAAAUGGAUUCUGAGACGCCGAGUUCAGAAGUGGAACUAAAAGUGUUACUACCAGACCGAAGUGUAUGUGUGGUGACCAUCCGACGUAAUGACACUGCUGACCAAGUGUACGAGGCUGUCGUCGUGAAGCUAAACAUGUCUGAUGUAGCUGCUCAAUGCUUUUAUCUGUUUGAAACAGUAGAAUAUAAUUUUGAGAGGAAGCUCCAGCCACUAGAGUUCCCCCACAACAUCUACAUCCAGAAUUACAGCACGGCCACAGCAACGUGUAUCACGAUGAGGAAAUGGCUCUUCACGCUCACACGAGAAACCAUGCUCAAUUCAGACGAGUUGGCCGUCAACUUCCUCUUUUGGGAGGCUGUGGAUAGUGUAAAUAGGGGGCAGAUUAAAACAGAAGACAAACUGUACGAGUUGAAAUCGCUACAGGAUUCUGGCAAAAGAAUAGAAUACCUGAAGACAGUUAGACAUUUAGAUGGAUAUGGUGAGGUGGCUUUCCCUCACUGUGCUUGUGACUCUCGCAAAGAUGGUCAUGUGAUAUGCAUAAUCGGAAGCGAAUGUUUCAAAUUGCAGGCGUGUAAAAAUGAUGGAACACCAGAGUCCCAGGUGAUAGAGUUCCAGUGGAAGGAUGUAAAGAGUUAUGAUAUGGAGGAAGAGGGCAUGACCUUCAGCUUCGAGUAUGACCGACCGGGCAAAAAGCCACGUGUCGUACAAAUUCUUACACCAUAUUAUGUUUAUAUGAAGGAUUGUUUUGAUAAGAUAUAUGAAGAGCGGGAAUGGGAAAGAGAGGAAACGAUGUCUGCUAUGUAAGCUGUUUGCCUGUGAUUAAGAGUGAAAUAUGAACCAUUGAUGGAAGUGAAAAAAGAGAGCUUGGGAUGAACUUUGUAUAUUAUGGAUGGACCAAAGGUGUUCCUCAAACAUAUGUGACUAAGGAAACUGACCAAUGGACUGGACAGACUGCCCCUUCUCAAACCAAUCCUCAUAGUUAGGGGCCACCUAGGACCAUUAAGGUGGAUCGACUGUCCUUUUCUCUAACCAAUCCUGGUAGUUAGGGGUCACCUCGUAGAGUCGAUAACUUGCCAAUGAACUAAAACCUGUGGUCAAUUGAUAACACAGAGAAAGCUCACAGGUCUACCAAUCAAAAUGAAUUCUUCCAUUUGCUGUGAACCUGUACUGUGGUAUGAGCACCAAUCAGAAGAUAUUAAAUUGUGGAGUGCAGAUUUGUUAAAACUGGUGCUGAAGUCAUUGAUGUGCUUCACAGAGAGAAUAUGAGUGCUAUGCAGGACCAUUGUACCUGGAGUUCACCGAGUGCUACCAGAAACCUCAUCAUAGAGGUUACAGACUGGCUGCCUGAUCCACUGGGGGAAAUCAUACAGCAUUAUUGUGUUUUUCUGGUAUUCAGAACUUAUGUAUUGUACUUAACAGAAAGAGAUAGACAAGACAUUUAUUUAGGUAUAAUAACAAGAUUUGGGACAUUUAUGUUGGUACACAAUUCUUCUCUUUAUUUCUACCAUAAUGUACAGUUAUUGAUUAAGGUAAGGGGUAUCACAGCACUAGUUAUAAUCACACAGAAGAAUUCCACUGAUAAUUUUUCCCAGCUUAGAGUUAUCUCCCUUUUGAGUAAGUAGAUGAAGGUGCAGAAAGAAUGUUUUUCGGACUUGUUUCCGGCCUUUAUGCAGGCAUUGUAUGGAAGCCCUCGAUAAAUGUAGCUAUAUAAAUUGUAGUGUAGCUCAUCAGUUCUAGGUUUUUUGUUUUCAAAUACUCGGGUUAAGAACAAUUCUGUAUCAAAUACAUUAUGAUUAUAUGGAAUACCUACAUGUAUCUCUGUAGAUAUAAGGACUUAUAACAGUCAUGACAUAUAUAGUUCUACUUUUUGAACAAAUAGAAUGGUUCACAUUGUCAAUUUAAUUUGGUGAUAUACAUGUAUGAUCAAAUUUAUGAAAUAAAUAUCAACAUUUUUGCAUAAUGAAUUUGAAAGGAGAAACAUGAUACUUUUGGGUAAAUGAUAUUUUAACCUGUGGAACUUGUUCCGGCACCAGUCAAAGUCAUUGUACGAUGUAUUUACUCCAUCUAGGUUUAACCAUCUCUAUCAUAUUUCUCCUAGUAAUCUUGUUUUGAUGAUGUUAUUUCUAGUCAAUAUUCCCUCUUACACAGCAUCAUACUGUCUCAGUCUAACGAGUCGGGUAUGGCCUGAUUGUAAAAAUUAAGAGCAUCCUUGAUUUAUGAUAAUUUUGAAUGAACAAUAUCCAUGGGGUUGUUAGGAUCCCGAUAAUACUGGUGAUGGUUACAUGUACUGAACAAAUGUUAAUGUCCUCACAAGUUUGAAAUAAAUCUACAACUUGUAAGAGUAACAUUAGAAUCUUAAGUGCAAUGCUGUGUGUUUAAGGUAUAUUUUGAAGUGAGGCCUUGGUUUCAGAAGACAAAUGAGCUUUUGAAAGCAAUUAUUUUGAAGAAAAAUUGUUAAGAUUUGUUAAAAAUUUCUCUUCAAUGUGAAGUUCCUGAAUUUUUAGCGUGAUUGAGAUUUUUGAUGCCCUGUGUCUCCAGAUCACCUAAUUAAUCUGUACAUACUGUGUUAUUUACUUCGUAUUCUAUAUUAGUGGGGCAAUACUAAACUCCAAUAUGGUAAUACUAACUGGAAAUGGACACUCAGUGUUUUCACCUGGUUAGUUCGUGUCAAUAUCAACAAAAAGAAGAAGAAAUAUAUUUUGAAGUCUCUAAGCAGGAUUUUUAUCAACUUUCAACAAUGGAUUAAGUGUAUAAAAACCACUUUGAUACUGAUAUUGAUGGAAUAAUGUGGAACAUUUUCCCGCACAUUUGAAAUGAAAUUGAAAUCAUUAGUGUUGUCUUUAAGUAUUUAUUACCAAGAAAAAUGUCAAACUGAUUUUUUUUUUAUUGUCUGACGACAUAUGACAUAUGGUAUAUAUGACUGUAUAUGGUUUUUUUCAUAAUAAAUACAUGUUUAUGAUUCAGCACAAAAAUACUUCAAAUGAAAAAUAGAAUUGUGUAUUAAACAUAUCAUAUCAUAUAUUGAUAGUUGUUUGAAUGUGAUAUCUAAUUUGAGUUUUCUGUUAAUUGUUUCAAUAUUUUUAAGAAUUUUUUUUCCCUUUUGAUUUGGUUUUGAUUGAGGAUAAUUUUGGCAUUUCAUGUAAUAGAUAUUGGGUGAGUUCAGUAAAAUGAGAUAAAAUUUGAUUUGUUGGUGGUUUUACAUCAAUAAACUGGGAAAAUGAAUUAAUCGGAUUGAAAGGCAUUACAGUAUAUAAAACCGUUGGUUUGCAAAAUUAAUAAAUCAAAGUGGUGAUAUUUCUCAUCCAGCUGAAGCUUAUUAAGCAAUGUGAUUCAUCAAUUUUAAAACUUAUGAUUUAUAUAAGAUAGUUUCAUUGAAUGGCUGGUUGGAUAAAUGAGCUCAUUUGGACUGUUUGAAGUUUAACAAGACAAAAGGUGAUUUCACCCACUGUCAGUUAGUGAAAUCGAAUCCAUUAUCUGACUAUCUUAUCGUAAGUAUGAUAGUUACAGUACUAGUGUUAUAACACUGUCGCCUGGAUGUUUGAUAUGUGUGAUAGUUACAGUGUUGUAACACUGCCACCUGAAUGUUUGAUAUGCACAGUGUUGUAACACUGUCACCUGAAUGUUUGAUAUGUGUGAUAGUGACAGUCAUAUAACUCUGUCACCUGAAUGUUUGAUAUGUGUGAUAGUUACAGUGUUGUAACACUGUCACCUGAAUGUUUGAUAUGUGUGAUAGUUACAGUGUUGUAACACUGUCACCUGAAUGUUUGAUAUGUGUGAUAGUUACAGUGUUGUAACACUGUCACUUGAAUGUUUGAUAUAUACAGUAUUAUAACACUGUCACCUGAAUGUUUGAUAUGUAUGAUAGUUAUAGUGUUGUAACUAUAUCACCUGGAUGUUUGAUAUGUAUGAGAGUUACAGUGUUAUAACACUGUCAUCUGAAUGUUUGAUAUGAAUGAGUUACAGUGUUGUAACAGUGUUACCUGAAUGUUCGAUAUGUAAAUGUUACGAGGUCAAGAAAUUGUGACUAAUUUAAAGAUUAGUAGCAUUUUUGUGUUAAGAUUUCAAUUUCAAUUUAGUUGAUUUGCAUGGUCAUGUGACUAAUAGAUUCAAACUCAUUUCCAUUCCAGUAUGGUAUAUAGGACACACUCGGCAGAGCUCAAUUUGUUGUUGAAAUGGCAUAAAAUUUUAGGUAUUUUACCCUCAUUCACUGCUACAAUGUAUAGUAUGAUAACAAACUCUGAGGUCAUGUGACAUUUACCAUCUAACAGCAAUUUCUAGAAAGAGGUCAUUGAACAUUUUGGCUUUGAUAGUGAAACUUUGGAACGCGAAAAUACUGUAAUUCUCUAAACGUCAUAUAUGGAACAACCAUUUUUCUUUCAUGUAUGCUCCUGGAUAACAAUAUUUUGACAAACUUGAUUGGAAUAAUGCACAUAUUUAGUUACCCAUUUUGUAACUUCAGUGUUGUAAUGAGAUAUGGCACUAUUGGUACAGGGUUUAUAGGGCAAUGCAAUAUGGUUUAUUGUACAAAUAAAGUGUAUGAAAAGUUUUUGUACGAAGCAUGUAUUUCCAUGGUAUAAUACUGUGAUAGACUGUACAUUUAUCAAGAUCCUCAACGUCUCUGAGUGGUUGUAGGGUAUGGAGAGUUGGAGGAACAGGAGGGGUGAGGUGGCCAAGCUGAUUUUUUCACUUCAAAUGACAAAAAUAUGGGUACCAUGAAGAAAAUAUUCCUUAUUCAAUAUUCAUGCGAAACCAUGUCUUUACAGACACUUUUAUGCUGUUUAUUCUCUCUUUAUUAAAAACAUUUUAGAGGUAAAAUAUAUAAAUAGGUUUUGGGGUUUUUACUGUUAACAGUGUAGAGAUCCAGAUUUCUGCUGUUAAAAAAAAUUUUUUUUUUCCUCCAACAAAACGGACAUUUCUUUACAACUGUGUGAUAAUUUGCCGUAUUUUCCGUUUCAAGUUCUGUGUCCCCUCCUCAUUUCUGUUCCACAGACCCUCUCCGUUACCAACUGGUUUACACUUGAAAAUAAUUUGUUUAUAAGACCACAGUUUAUAUGUCGACUUGCCCGUACAAAGCUAAGGACAUACCUGCUGAUCUUUGUCCGACAUAGUCAUAUCAUUAUUUUACAUUGUUACCAUUUUUUUUUUGUAUGUAGAAUAUAUACUCAUUGAAUUAUAUUUAUAUAUGUUUUAAAUUGGUUUUGAUUUGUUGAUUUAUAUGCCUGCAUAUAUACUAUUGUUAUGAGGGUAUUCUAUCCUAACACACUAGACUCACUCGAACACAAUAUAACAUGCCUCCCUAUCCCACCACAUCAUAGGGCAACACUGUUGUUUAAUUAAGUAUAUACAGCAUCAUUCCAAAUUCCCCAUAGAUAGUUUGGUUUAUACUACAAGAUUGUACAUUUGAAAUUAUACCCUAAAAUUGUACAUUUGAAAUUAUACCCUAAAAUCGUACAUUUGAAAUUAUAACCUGAAUUGUACAUUUGAAAUUAUACCCUAAAAUCGUACAUUUGAAAUUAUACCCUAAAAUUGUACAUUUGAAAUUAUACCCUAAAAUCGUACAUUUGAAAUUAUGUCCUGAAUUGUAAAUUAUGAAUGGCUCACCAGGCCAAAAAAGUCUACUUCAAUUUCCUUUAAAACCGUUCUAGUCCAGAACAGACUAGUGGUCUUAAGAAUUAUGAGUCCAGGUGGACUCUGCAAUUUUUAUAAAGGGGAAUAUGCUCCCCUUGAAAGUAGAAGGGUGGGAUCAAAAUCACAAUAGCAAAGGCAUCAUGGUUUAUAGAAUUGGGGGAGGAAAGGAAAUGAAAAUGUAUGUACAAAAUACUCUUAACAGUGAUCAAAAUCUCUACUAUAUAAUUCUGUAAACACAUUGUAGGCGUUGUAGGCGUGAAUAGACCUACAUCCAUGCUACCAUUGGAGUUCCUUAGUUCAGUUCUGCCUGGUGGGACUUGGUCUCUUGUUCAUAAAAUGGAAACAGUUCAUGACCCUUUUGACCAUUGCUUGUCAUGAAUUGACGGACACAAUUUUACUGUCAGGAUUGGUGAUCAAUCGAGUAUAUAAAUCUAGCUUAGGUUCAAAUACACUUCACAAGUCGGGGGCCAUUUGGUAUGCAUCUUGUCGUAUUUCGGGUAUAAUUCAGGAUUAACUUAUGAACCUAUUAUACUUAUGAAGCUUUUACAAAUGAGUAACUGGCUAGAUAAUGUCUUUUCUUUUUGAUCCUCCAACACCAACACAAUUUGCAAUGAUGAUGUUUUCCUUGAAUUAUUUCACACUUAAUUAUGCAAACUUUACCUACACCUCCUACCCUAUCACAUAUUUAGCCGUAUCAUACACAGUGAAACCUGACUUUACCGACCACUGACUUUACCAACAUCCUGUAUCAUCUGACCUUAUCCAUUGAAAAAGUGACAUGUUCCAGUCAUUGCUGACACUGGCUUUAAUGACACAGACUUUACCGACAUCCUGUAUCAUCUGACCAUAUCCAUCGGAACAAAGACAUGCUCCCGACACUUUAUCACUAGCCCUCCACCUCUGGGUGGCGAGUUCGAAACCUAUGUGGGGCAGUUGCCAGGUACUGACCGUAGGCCGGUGGUUUUUCUCCACCUCCAAAACCUGGCACGUCCUUAAAUGACCCUGGCUGUCAAUAGGACGUUAAACAAAACCAAAUCAAAUCAAAUGCUCCACUAUAAUAAAAUUUACUUACUGACACACUGGCUCGGUCCAACAGUGUGUCGGUAAAGUCAGGACUCACUGUACCGGUCACAUUGACUCGGUCCCACAGAGUGUCUGUAAAGUCAGGUUUCACUGUACAUGAUGUACGUACACUGUCUCAUCAACAUUAACUCACAAAACCAAUAUCGGGUUGAAAUACUUUCCCACAGUCCCACAAACAGACCUUUUCCUCUACUUUUCAGUCAUGCAGACCUUGUCUUAUAUUUAUAGGUUCUAUGUAAACUGUCGUACUUGUUGGUAUUUUGAGGUAUAAUUUAUAAAUUUUAUAAGCUAUAAUGAUUUUUGAAUAAUUGUUUCAGAAAGUGUUUCAAUAAAUUGUGUUCUUAUAUCAUGUGAGUAUUGUUGUGUCACAUUCAUUAUUUAUUCAAAUAAAUUGUAUUUCAUAUUAUGAAUUAUAUAUAGUUGAACUUCCCUAUAUGUAUAUUGUAUUGAUGCAAAAAUAUGUUACCACAAAGAACUGGGUUAAUAAAAUCACCUGCAGGUGAGUAAUUGUAUAGUAUUUCUGUGAUUUACUAUUGUAUUGUACAUACAGGUUCUAUUGUACAUACAGUCUCUAUAAUUGUACAUAAAGGUAAUAUUUAAAUUUGAUUAAAAAUUGAAUAUACAUGCAUGAAUAAGUCAUUGAAAAUUUUCUAUUUCAUCAAAGGUCAGAACUGAAAGGAUUAACUUAAUUUCUAGACCCUCGUUCACCAGCCAUUUUAGACAUACUUAGUCAUAUAGUAAGGAUGCAACUUGUUAAUUAUCUAAACCAGAUUAGCCAUUGAACAACCAAUAAUGGAAAGGAUAGGUAAGUUUUCUUGAUGCGAUAAAAAUUAAGUGACCUGGAUGCAAAUCAUAUUCCUGAGAUUUCUUCAACUUAUUCCUGAAUUCUCUGAUCAUUUACAUUCUGUAUGACCUCACUAAAAUGUUCAAGAUUUUGAAUUAAGAUCCCAAAUUUCUGAUUACAAUCAGUGAAAAGGCAUUCCUAUAUCACGGAAUCAUUGAAAUAAGAGACAUAUUUUGCAAAUACCGUGUCAGUUAAUCAACACUGAAGAAAAAAAUCCCUAAAAAUAAUAUUAUUUUACUACUAGAACCAAGUACCAAAGGGUGUAACUGGAACUGCAAGAUACCAACAUAACAAAAUACAAAAUUGUGUAUAUGCCUGGAAUUUCUCAUUAAUAUUAAAAGAGCAAGAAAUUGUGUUAUCAAUCUAGAAAUGGAAACUUGUUCACCAAAGUUGAUAGUUUUUGUUUUAACCCCCAAGCCCUUUAAAAUCAAAUUGCCUCGUAGCUUUUCAGUAGCAUUGGAUGUGUCACCACACAUGCUUGCAAAGAUUUACCGUAUUAUUACACAACAAGGGAUGGAAUAGACAAUUGAUACAUUGUCCUCAGGAUAAGUAACAUAACAUUGUUACUCCGCCUCUUCAAUCAACACUAUAUAUUGUAAUGAAAAUAAACAAAAUGGAUAAGAUUUCCAGAAAGUUAUUAAGUUCUGAAGUGUCAUGUUUGAUGAAAAACAAAAGUAAAUAAAUGUUUUGGUAUUGUCACUGAUUGAUAUUAUAUCAUUUAUGAUUAAAAAAAUGUUAAUACAAAUUUUACAAACCCUGUAAGGAACUUGUCAAUAUCUUUAAUUUGUCAGGUUCUGAAAUGUUGAGUUUCAUAAAGAACAAAACAAACAUUUGGUAUUGUUACCGAUAUUUAUCUUGAUGACUAAACAAUUGUUUAUAUUACGGGUAUACAAACCCUAAAAGGAAUUUGUGUCAUUUUCUUGGCAUGUUAAGGGAGAUAAGUCAAAAAUUCAUGGUAGUAUACAAAUGCUAUGAAUUCAUGAUCAAUUUGUUAUUUUAUAGUUGCAUUUUGUUGUUGUUUGCUAAUUUUGUUAUUAAUAUAUUCCAUUGUUUUUAUAGUUGUCAGAAAUCUGUUGGCAAUUAAAUGUGUAACUGAUUCAGUUUGGAAUUAUGCUUAAACUUAUAACCUUUGCAACAGUCAUGAAAUAUUAGAUUAAAGUUAUCUUUAAUCACUAUCUCUUCGUGUCCAGAUGGACAAUGGAGAAGAAAUAGAUGUCUAUCUGAAGGCUAAAGAAAUAAAAAUCUAGGACAUCUACAGAUUAUUCAAUGUAUCCUCAACUCCUUUGGAGCUAUGACUUCUUUUCUUGCACCAAAUGGACAGAACAGCUCGAAGAUAAUCCUACUAGUGUUCUUGAUGUUAUCCUAUAAUGAGGACUUUCUGAAACAAGGUCCAAGUCCUAGUGAAUUAAAGCAUAUAAAAUGUUUUGUGUCAUGAUUAUUUCUAACCCUGUAGGCUGUGGUUGUCUCCCCUUUCUAGGUGUUCUCCCCUGAUAUUUGCUGUUGGUGUUAUAGUACCAUGGCUAUUCCCAUGCCAACCAUAUCUAAGUCAGAUUAUACGACCAAAGUUUAUUUCAAUAAUGGUGUAUCAUUAUUUACUAUGAUAUGUACCAUUGAUGUCCUGUAUAGAAAGCUUAUGAUAAAACAAAUUUUAUCAGAAAUUUAUAAAUAAAAUAUGACCAGUA